AUGCUGUUGGUGCUGGUAGCCAUGAUGCUAGGUAGCCGUGAUCCACUAGCUCUUGCUUAUGUCCCCCUAUACUCUAGUUGCAGCUUUCAACCAGAAGGAGACCCUAGAAAAAAAGAUGGUAGCUACUAUCACAAUGGCGGUCUUAAGUUAUUUGCUUCACUUCUCUAUUUUCGUUCCGUGCCCACAAUUAGGGUCGAAAUCAAUAGUUGCACCAAUCCUACAAUAUGGUUGCAGCCAGAGGAUGGGCCGAAGCGCCCAGUAGGAGAGGAAAUCCGAAUCAGCGGGAUGGGAGGAAAGCAGUCUGCAGUAAUUCUAAUUGCUCCAAAGGAAUAUCAAAGGGUUGGACCAUUGUCUGGAAUGCAGUCUGCCAGGCUGUCGGUUGAGAUGGAGGCUCCUGGCGCAAACUGGAAAAAGGACGAUGACAACCAGGAGGUGGGCUUGGAAGGAGCCAUCCUUGGAGGCUAUAUUCUCUUUGAUUUGGGCGCGUGGGAAGACUGUCCUGUCGGGUUGGAAAACCACUGA